GGAAGAGCUUUUUGGAAAGCGAAGAGUUUACCGGCAAUAACUCCUUUGUACACUUUGUUUUCCCAGCGACGUGGAUUACUUUAGAGUAUGUAUGGAUGUGAAGUUUUCGGGUGAAAUAGUUUCCCACCUUUGGGAAAGCUGAAAGCUCCAAGAGGACGGGAGUGAGGAAGAGGAGGAGUGAGGAGCAGCGUUUUCCAACUCAUCGUUGCCUGUGCACGAGUUUAUGGAAAAAUGGGAGCCGGAGCUAUGACCAUCUGUCACAACAAGACAGCGGUGCUGGUAAAGGAAGACAUGAAGAAAAUAGUCCAGAUUCCUGUCCUGUGGCCAAUGGAAAUGUCCCCUAAACAAAGCAAGCUGUUCGGAGUGUCCCUGCUUGAGCUGCGUGAGCGAGGCCUGGUGCAGGGCGGCGUGCCUGUGGUGGUACGGAGGAUGGUGGAGCAUCUCCGCAAGUAUGGCCUACACCAGGAGGGUCUGUUCAGAGUGAGUGGGAGUGUGUGUGCAGUGGAGUCCCUCAAACAGCGCCUGGACAGUGGAGAGGAUGUGGACUUCUCUGAAGCCGAUACAAGUACAGUGGCCAGCUUGCUAAAACGGUUUCUUAGAGACCUGCCUGAGGGGCUGGUUGAGUCCACAGUCCAACGGGCACUGAUACAGAACUAUCAAGGUAUGUCAAGCUAGUUUGUGUAACACACGAGUUUUGAUCUUUUGUGCUUUUUGCAAAGUUAUCCACUUAGUAGUGUUGUUCGUUGCCACUACACUGUAAAUUUUGUAAAGGUUUGCAUCUAUUUUCUUUUUGUUAUUUCAUUUCAGCAUAUAUAGCAUCUAUAUCAAUAAAGCACAUAAGACUUGACGACCUCCCAGGGCAAAGCUUUGUUUGUAAAAUGGUAAAUGGACUGCAUUUAUAUAGCGCUUUUCCAUCUGCAUC